AUGGAUACUGAAACGGUAAUCUUGGACGCAGCCGCCGGGUUGCUUGAGCAGCACGGCCCUGUGAGGUUAACCACGCGAGCGGUUUGUGAAGCUGCCGGCGUCAAAGCGCCAACGCUUUACCACCACUUCGGCGACAAGGUCGGGCUGGAGUUGGCACUCGUGCGACGCGCAAUGGCCGAUUUUAUGAAACGCAAACGCGCCCCUGCCGACACCGCCGACUUAGUGGAACAACUGCGUUUCGGUUGGGAUGUGGCCGUGGAGUUCGCGCUGAAGCGACCUUCCCUUUAUGCACUGUUCGCGCAACACGUGGGCGCCAACCCUGACUUGGGCGCGGAGGGUUACGCGCUAAUGAAGGCCAGAGUGCAGCGUUUAGUCGAUACAGGGCGCUUUAAUCAGCCCGUCGAUAUGGCGGCGCGCGCAGUGUGGGCUGCGUCACAGGGCGCGCUCUCUCUGGCCGCACAGCAGGUCGCGCGCAAGGAUGUAGAAACGACCAGCAGACUUCUCUUCGAUGCCGUGGUCAACGAACUCUCGCGGGCUCGAGAC